AUGAAUACGAUGACGGGUGUUGCCGUGUUUCCUUGUAAUAAUGUUUUGAGACUAACAAGACACUGCUCAAGAAUUCAUCAUCAUAACAAUGGCAGAAUUAGUAAAAGCAGACUUGUGGUGAGAAACAGCAGCAAGUUAGAUUAUGGUGUUGCAGAAGCAGAUGUCAGCAAAUUAGAUUAUGGUGUUGCAGAAGCAGAUGUAAUUGUGAUUGGGAGUGGUAUUGGUGGACUGAGUUGUGCAGCACUGUUGGCAAGAUACGAACAAAAUGUUGUGGUUCUUGAGAGUCACGACGUUGCUGGAGGUGCUGCUCAUUCUUUUGAUGUGAAAGGAUAUAAGUUUGAUUCAGGUCCCUCAUUGUUCUCUGGUUUGCAGUCAAGAGGUCCUCAGGCAAACCCUCUUGCUCAAGUUCUUGAUGCAUUGGGAGAGUCUGUCCCAUGUGCUACUUAUGAUUCAUGGAUGGUUUAUGUACCUGAAGCUGAUUUCUUGUCACGCAUAGGUCCUACUGAGUUUUUAAAGGAUCUUCAAAACUAUGCUGGUUCUGAAGCCGUUCAAGAAUGGCAGAAACUUUUAGAUGCUAUACGUCCCUUGUCCACCGCUGCUAUGGCUCUUCCCCCUCUAUCUAUUCGAGGAGAUUUCGGUGUUCUUUAUACUGCUGCUGCUAGAUAUGCUCCUUCUCUUUUCAACACCUUCUUACAAAUGGGUCCUCAGGCUGCUAUUCGAUCAACACAGCUUCUUUCACCUUUCUCACAAAUACUUGACUCUUUGGAACUCAAACACCCUUUUAUAAGAAAUUGGAUUGACCUACUCUCUUUCUUGCUUGCUGGUGUCAAAUCUGAUAGUAUACUUUCUGCAGAGAUGGUUUACAUGUUUGCAGAAUGGUACAAACCAGGGGGCUGUCUUGAGUACCCACUCGAUGGAUCAGCAGGUAUUAUUGAUGCUCUUGUACGAGGAUUAGAGAAGUUUGGUGGACGGAUUUCUCUUCAAAGUCAUGUGGAAAAGAUUGUUAUUGAAAAUGACAGAGCUGUUGGAGUGAAACUGAGAAGUGGUCAAUUCAUACGUGCUAAGAAGGCUGUUGUGAGCAAUGCAUCAAUGUGGGAUACUUUAAAAUUGCUACCUGAAGAAAUUGUUCAAAAGUCUUACUCCGAAAGGAUUAACACUACUCGCCAGUGUGAAUCAUUCAUGCAUCUCCAUUUGGGAUUUGAUGCAGAGGGCAUACGUGAUGAUCUGGGAAUUCAUCAUAUAGUUGUAAAUGAUUGGGAAAGAGGAGUUGACGCGGAUCAGAACGUUGUGCUGAUAUCAGUGCCUAGUGUGCUUACUCCUAAUCUGGCACCUAGUGGUAAACAUGUGUUACAUGCUUAUCUUCCAGGAACUGAACCAUUUGAGUUGUGGGAAGGACUUGAUCGUAGGAGUGCCGAAUACAGAAAUCUUAAAGCUCAAAGAUCAGAGAUAAUGUGGAGAGCAGUGGAGAGAGCAGUGGGAGAAGGUUUCAGCAGGGAGAAAUGUGAAGUGAAGUUAGUUGGAAGUCCACUGACACAUGAAAGAUUUCUUAGGAGGAACAGAGGUACAUAUGGACCAGCUGUCAAAGCUGGUAAAGAUACCUUUCCUGGACAUUCAACAACAAUACCACAGCUUUAUUGUUGUGGAGACUCCACUUUUCCUGGCAUUGGAGUCCCUGCAGUUGCUGCCAGUGGUGCAAUUGUAGCCAAUUCAUUAGUUUCAGUGUCUCAGCAUUCUCAGCUGCUUGAUGCAAUUGGAAUUUGA